AUGUUCGUGUCGGUGGACGAUCCCAUCCUUAGCAGAAUGCUCAUCUCGGUGUGUAUCCAGCUGGGCCUCGGCGUGCUUGUAUGUGAUCCGGGCGACUUUGAGAGUGUAUGGAAGGAAGUGGUGGAGCCCUGCUGUCCAGCUAGAGCUGUCUUCAUCGUCUGCACUGAUCGUGCUGGCCUGUGUCAUGUGGUGGGCUCGAACGGGUCGUCGCUAUCGAGACGAGUUGUGAACGUUCAUCUAGUGGGAAUAGUAGAGAAAACGUCACUUGAUAAUGAGGCUACUCGUCAUUUCUUCCGUAAUAAGGUCACUCGUUGGAGAGUGGCGCCGGAAGCUCACGUUGGUAACCAUGUGAACCCCUUGGAUGCCUCGGGUUCUGGUUGCAGGAAUAGAUCUGCUGGCACUGGUAAUGGCGAUGACCGAAUCGAAAUGGUCCAUCUUAUAUUCGAGCAAAUGUUUAGAGACUCUGAUGCAGCUAUGGAUCAUCAGAUCCUCAACUUCCAAAGAAUAGUGGGGACUUUACCCCAGCAUCUGGCAAGGAGUGAUGAACAACGGGUGAAGGACAUUUGUAAGGACGAUAAUCCUCAUGAGGAUGCCUUGGAUGUACUCACUAGGAUGCACGACGAGGACACCAAGCGUGACAACGCCGGUGAUAAGAACUGA